UCAUCUUACUACUUCUAUGGCAUUCUAAGCAAUUAGUUAUGUCAGUGAGUAAAUCUGAUUUUUCUCUAACAGUCUAUGAGUCUAACACUAGUAGGAGUAGCACUCUGUAGACACUAGACAGUAGUCUGUAGCAGUGUUUCAAUUACCUCAGUUAUUUUAUUAUGUUUUUUCAGAUCAUGUAUUUAUAAUAGCAAAUAUCCUGCUGCCAAAAAAGGCUGUUGGGCUAUUUGUCAAUACUCAAUACUAAAUUUUGGGUCUGAGGUAUCAUGUCCUUGCCUUCUACACCAAUUGGAGUCCGACGACGUUCUGCUGCAAAUAAUCAGGCCAGUGGCUGGGGAGGAAGAGAAAGCCCCACUGCAGGGGCAGCUGGUGCAAGUUGGCUUGGACAACUUGGAGGCAUUGUUGGGGACAUCUUGCAAGGCUGGGGGCUGCUAGGUGCUCUACGGAAAACUAGCACAGCCUCCAAUUCCAGUAGGUCAUCUCCAUCGUAUGGGUGGGGCAGCUUUGGAGGAGUGGGUGGGGGUUUGGGUGCUGCGGGAGGACUAGGGUGCUACUCCUCCCCCUCAUCUCCCCUAGUGGCCAACAGAAACAAUGGACUUUCCCUCAGUCGGGGGGAGCAUAUAGAACUGCUACCUAUUGGGGCACAGUGUGUGAUUAGUGCUGGUGGUAGUGACGCUAAUGCUGCUACUAGUGAUAGUCUAGCCACUAGUGCUAGUGUAGUGAAGCUGCGACGAAGAAGACCUCAGUCUUGUCCCAGACACCAAGGGCGACCAGCACGUCAUUCUUACCACGAGGGUUCAGCUGCCAGCUCAUACCUUCUGACUUCUGUGCUCAUGCACUCCCUGAAACACGGAGUCGGGCAAUCUUGUCAGAAAGAGUCUAACUGCCACAUUUGCAACAACGUUCCCUAUGAUCAACUCCAAACUCUCAUGGCCGGUAAAAAAUUCGAGCUUGAAGAGCUGAAAGGGGGUCGUCAACAGCUACCCAACCUCCAGGAACGAUCUUGCGAGUCCAUUGAGGAUGACCUUGGAGAAGUGGUGAGCUGCCCAGCAGAUGGCAGUGCCGGUGCGUCUCAACUGCUGGUGGAAAAUUCUCGUGUAAAAUCUCUAAUUGUUUCCUCUGAUGACGAAUUCAGUGAUUCAUGCACGAACUGCAACCCCACCGAAUACCAACUCAUGGAAGACGAGUCAGACUCCAUUGGUCUUUCUGAUAUAUCUUAUCACACUGCUCGGGAUGGUACAUUUAGCUGCUCUGGAGCUGAGGGCUGCUCGUCUGGACUAGACUUGUUAGUGUCAUCACAUUCUUUGACUGAUGGCCACACGGACACAUAUCCUGCUGACACGCUCACUGAAGGACGUGAUGGCAGUGAUGACAGUGAUGACACUCUUUACGGUCAUGAUGAUGAGUCGCAGGAGCGCAGCUGUGACCUCAACCUUACUCCAGUCGCAAGUCCGAUGAAACUUGUCCCCAGGAAGCUGACGAUGGAAAAACCCCGAAAGCCUCAUGCUCUCGGGUCCAGCAAGAGCGAAGUAAGGAAAACUAAACGACCAAAUGACCGCCACAGUGUUGCUUCGUUUCGUCCUUCAUACCGAAGCGUGGUCUCGCAUGACGGCACUGUCAGUAGCGGUAAUCGCAGCAGCUCGUUGUCAUCACUAACAUGUCCAUCUCGCGGCCAACCCUUCUUCUUGCAUCACCGCGGUCACAAACACGACAUGGCAUGCAAGAACCUCGCUCGGCACGGCGCAAAUGACGAGUCUAAAACGAGUGCAAGAUUUUUGCAGCGUUCUGAAGACGGAACAGUCGACGAUGGCAUGAGACUUCUUCACAGGAAAUGCUGCGUCGUGAGUGGUGCUCCUGAAGACGACGUCUCUUCUGCCAUGGGGGGCGCCGUGAUCAUGUGGCCAUUGCGGCGUUCGUUCUCAACGUCGCCCACGCAGCAGAGUUCAUUUGGCUGGGAGGAGGUUAGAUAUCGGUGCGACGCUUGCGCCCACCUCGUCUUCACCGCCCCCGUCACCUGCCGCAACUGCGGGUACACAUGUCACGAGCAGUGUCGUCCUCUCGUGGCCAUCGACUGCCGAGCUCGUCACACUCCUGAACCUGAUGCUACAGACGAAACCUCCGACAUUUCUUACCCCGUUACCCCCUCCACAGCUCAAACAACCUCGGCGAAUAUUCAAACAUCUAAAUCAGCACUCAAUCAAACUUUAGAGUCAGCGCAAACAGCAGAAACAAACACGGUAGCUCCACCGGACCAAAUUCCCGACAUUGAACCCGUUGUAAAUCAGGCUACCCAAAUCAGGCAGCUAUCAAACGACUUAAACUCGGAUAUGCGUGCUAAACCGGACGGUUGCGAGUCCGACGAAGAUGAUUCGUCUGACUACGCGACGCUGCGCAACGAUCAUCCGCUGACACGAGGCAGCAUGACCAUCAAUGAUGGGCUCAGCACGCUGGAAUUACAGCAGCAUUUAAUGCUGUGUAAUGAUGAACGAUCAUCAGGGCACGGCAGCAUGACGGCGCCUGUGGUGGAAAAAGAGAAACACGAGGCUGAGCAGCAAGAGAAAGAUCUCGUCAACGGCACUUCUUUUGAUAGCGCGUCACUGCGGCAUGCCAUACAAGGGCUGUGUGUGGAGGGCGAAGCUCCGGCGCACCUCGAGAGCUGGUUACUGGACAGCGCUGCUGCCCAGGGCCUGCAGCUCAGCAAGGAAGAUGACGGCAGCUACCGCGGUUGCCUGCGCGUGCAUCUCAAUUUAAGUCGCCCCAUCAACAUCGUGGCGGGCACGCGGCCGCCCUCCAUAUACGACAUCCUCAAGGAAGACCGCACGCUCGACAAGACGCUCACAUCCUUCUACAUGCCGCGCAAUGCUGUCAAAGCAAUACACAUCACAAGUAAGACAACCACACGCGAAGUAAUCGUAGCGCUGCUUCGAAAAUUCAAGGUAGUGGACAACCCGCAGAAGUUUGCUCUUUACGAGCGAUCCUUCGAAAGCGAUGCAACCAACGGGACGUUGCGACGCAUCAGUGACGCGGAGUGCCCGCUGGUGCUGGCCAUGCAGUGGUCCGCUGAGGGUCUCACGGCGCACAGGAUCGUUCUGCAGGAGAAUGAUACCGCUGAUAUUCAGUGGGACGCGUUCAGCCUAACAGAGCUGAGCAAUUUCCUGCGCAUCCUUGCCCGUGAGGAAGAAGACUACCGCUCCCAGAUACUCGACAAAUACGCGAGAAUACGCGGCCACAUCAGGGAGCGACUUGCUGCUCAACCAUAGACUGUUCUAACCUUUAAUAAUUCCUUUUAUCACGGUUAAAAACAUUUGUAAUUAUUAUUAUAAUUAUAUUGUCAGUGGGCUUGGAAGUUUCGUCUUCUGAGCCACCUGUAAAUUCAUCACGAUUCAUUUGGAAGUCGUCGUCGGUCUCGUUGUAAUUAUUCACGUCAUGAACUUUCCCCUCUUUUUCUAUGGUAAUGAAAGAUUUUCGCUGGUAUAAAAUUAAAUUACAAAUUUUCUCCGCUCUACAGUGUUACGGUUAGUUUUUCAAUUGGGUAACAAGUCUGGCAGUGUACCCGUCAAAACAAAGGCAACAAUGUGGACAAACCAUGCCAUAGUUUUCUGCCAUAACAUUAACAUGGCCUGAAAACUAGUACCCCCUAUUGAACACGAUCACUCAAGUUCGAUGUUCGUGUAGUAAUCCACUAAUGACUACGUUGAUAUGAAUUUUCAAAUUAUUUUGCAUAGAAAAGUCCAAUUAUUGCAGAGAUUCUGCCCAAGUUUGGGCAUUGCGCUUUCAACUGUCUGCCACUGCCCUGCUCGUCUGCCACAAACGAGAAAGCUACCCGAUUUGUCUGUCGUAAUACGAGUAUUUUUUAUUAUAAUUAACUCCUGCUUAGCAUAAAAUCUUACAAGUUAUGCCCGACCGCCGAACUGGUUAUUUGGUAAUGUAGAAGCGAUGAAAAUAAGACAACUAGUUCAGCAGAAGCUAACAUCGAUUCAGGUUACGAUGGACUAAUGUUUCAAGCGGGUCCAUUUGUUGCUCGUGCAGUUAAUAUUUCUCACUGCCGUGAUGAUUUCUUCCUUGAUUGAUUCGAGUCUCGGCUUCUAAAGCAAUAUUAUGAUAUGUUUAUGGUGUAGCAAUUAUCGUCUCCAACAUUAUAGUCAUUAUUUAACUAUCGCUUGAAUUUUAUCCUGGAAUGAACGUGAAUGUUUCCAGAGAUCCGUUGACGUUUAAUCUCUCUCCGUCUUUGCCAGGCAAAUUUCGGAGAAACUUCAAUACUAGUUAGCCACAUAUCAGUGUUUUAUGCAUUUAUAUAUUUGCUCAUAUCUUAGUUUUAGUAAAUAUUUCUUUUGAUUGUCGCCAUUAGAACUUUGCCCGCAAGUUCUGUCCUAUUUUGCUAUCUGUUAAGAUCUGAAUUGAGUGAACUUUGAUGAUCUGAAUGAUGGGAAGUUUUCCAAUUGACAAAUUCCUAGUUGGCCAAAUCAUGAAAGCAGUUUUGCAAAAGUAUUUGUAAUUUAUAUACCAGAAGGAUGAAAUAUACGCGUUUCAGCUUUUUUUCUUCACUUUGCUCAGCAAGGAAAUGCAGCGCUCACGUUUUUCUCCUGCAUUUGCAUCCUUUUCACUUUCUAUUUAGCAUAUUUCCUCUUUCCUGACUGUGAAAGCUUUUUUGCGAGUAGAUCCUUUAUCUUUCUAAAGAGUAUCUUGUUGCGAUAAGGAAUAACUUGAUUCUAGCUGAUUUCAUGUCAUAAAUUUUCUCACAUUGCUUUUACUAGAAAUUCGCGAUUAAAUUUAUUAACCCUCGUGAAUAUUUUAGAGAGUAAUUCUUUCGCGCUAUUGCUUUACCGAAACGAAACAAUGCGUUUUAAGCUUCCAUUGCAUCACCAAAAUAUUUCCUGUCGAUAAGACCUAUAAAUUAUGCCACAAGACCAGACUUGCAUGAAUGCCUUUAUAUAUUAUUCUUUACCAAUAUCAUUGAUAGCAAAUAUAAAGGGAUCAUUGUGAAUACGGUGAAGUCUUUUCUUUCAUUGUAUUAGAACGUAAAUCUCUCGUUGUUUCUAUCCAGUAGCUUACUAGUCAUCCUGUAAUUUUGGGAAUGAUGUUUUGGCUGUUAUGACAAGCAAUGUAGCAUUAGAUUUUAUAAUUGGUAUAAAUAAUCAUUUGUCUAAAAGUUUGAAAGUAUUUUGUCGUAAAAUUGACAUAUGUUGAUCGUUUUACAUUAGAUUAAAUCUCAUCGAGAGAUUUUUAUUUGUUAAAUGAUAGCCUCAUUGAUCGACCGGAGAAAAAUAACCAAAAUUCUUAGUUUUUCUGUUAAAUUAACUGCAAUUUGAUGAAACUAUUGACGAAUUUUAACUUGUAUAGCUGCAUGUUUCAGGGCUCUUGAUGAGAACUUUUUCUUGUUUUGUUUGUCAAUUCUUUCUCUCGUUAGUAUUUCUAGAUCGGCCGACACAUUUUAUUGAUGUUACUUGACUGUUGAAUGCUUAGCGCUCUCACCCUGCUCGCUUCCAGAUGAUUUUUGAAACCAAGGUAGCCUAAUUCAGUCAACCAGCAUGCCUUUCUAGCUAGAAGACUAUUGCUUCAGCAAAACAUAUAUGUUACGUAAAGUACUUUGAUGACGGCAUGCAACGUGCAUGACACUAUAGUCUUGUAGCUUAUUUCAUUUGAGAACACUGCCGUAGAUUCAUGUACCCCAUUUCAAUGGGACGUUACACGUCUUCCUGUUUUCAUCCUGCGUCGUUAAUCACCGCGUUGGAUAUGAAGACAAAAUCUAUUGAAUAUUGCUACAUUCCAUUAGCGAUUAGUUUUUGCCAAGUUCAUCUUAUUACCCUUAAGGUAAUUUAUUUGUAUUUCUUAAAUAUUGUCUUUAAGUGUGAACAACGUUUGACGGUAAUGCGUGUGAACAACUGCAAAACAUGAAUUUAUUAUGACCCGCGAUAAUCAAGUACAGCCUCGUAAAAAGUAAACUACAGCAACCUUCGGUUAAUUUACCAUAAUCCUACUGGCAGGUUUCUUGGAAUUUCUGUGCAAUAUCAAUGCGGUCAUCCGAAUAAUCGAUGUUCAUACAUAGUGUGUUCGUGUCAAGAUUUUAUUAAGAACUUAAAAUUUAGUUUUGUGAUUUUUAGUCAGUGAACCUGUACGAGCAUAUUAUAACUGAUUGUCAUAUUUCCUUGUCGUGCAAAGCAGUUUAUCACCUUCAGUGAAUCUCCAGAAAUUCAAGAUUAAAGACUCCUUGUCGGAUCAAAUCUUACUAAGCGUAAUUGGACUUGCUUUUGUGACGAAUAUGAAGCAAAUACAUGCUUAUCACUUGUAAGCCUAUUAAUGCUGUGUAGGUAUGGUAAAAUCCAGAUGCUUUAGUUUUGAUUAGAAGAAUUAUGCGGGCUAUUCGGUACUGUAGAGGUGUUAUUUAUUUCCUAACCUCGUUAAUUUGAAUCGUUGAAUUGACUAACUGUCGGAGCAUUUUGUAGCCAAGGUGUUAAUUAGUAAUGAACAAUCUGUGAUACUGUUAUCAGUAUGAGAUCAACUGCCACGCAAACCAAUAAUUUCAGGAGUAAAUGCCGAAAUCACCGUGCUUUGUCUUAACACUAACCACUGGAAACUACUACCAUGUAAACUAAUUAUUCUGCAUAUUUCAUGCUGUAGGUAAAUAAGAAAUGCCGAAAUUUGAGACGAUUUUCGUCUAGUAUCUGAUUUUGAUUUAUUGCAGUUGACGAGUUGGGUCGUGUCACUUACCUUGACAUUUAAUAUUGUCGAGAUCGAGACUAGGAAACGUGACUCUGCCACGAGAAACAAACAUGUUUAUUUCUGUCGGUUCAAAGAUACUCAGGGCUCUUUCAAAACAACCAUGUACGUUUUUUAAUAAAAUUGUACAAGAC